AAUUAUUUUCCUGUUGCCAAAGCUAGGCGAAUGCAGAAGGCUUUGAAGUGAAGCCCGGGAGUUUUUGCAAUAUUUUACGGUUGGAGAAAGUCCAAACAAUGCCCAUCCAUAGAUUGACUAAAGGUCUGAAGCCAACCACAACGAAACAUGAAGUACCAUUACUGUACCAUGAACCACAUGUAGAGACUGGAUUCAGACAUAUACAUCAGCCAUGGAGUUACUAUGCCUGUAGCUUAUUUCAGAAACACAAUGAAUGUAUGAAUGUUUGGACUCAUUUGAUUGGGGUUCUUCUUACUAUCUCCCGGGUAAUUGGCUUCGCUGUUGAGUUUGGUGUUACAGAUCCAAAGAAAUGGUCGCUGUAUGCAGGUCUAUUUACUAUGACUGUGAUGUACAUGUGCAGCACAUUUGCGCAUUGUUUCUCGAACAAAUCGGAGCUGGUCCAUUACACAGGAUUUAUGAUUGACUAUGCAGGAAUUGGCCUGUUUGGUUUCGGUAGUGUGAUGCUACAUUACAGUUACUGUAUCAAGGAUAGCAUGAAAGGUGGCAUGAUUGACAACUAUGCCAUCCCUAUCGGAAUAUUCCUAGGAUGGUUGGUGACAUUUUGUAACAGCGUUUCGAAGGUCCGUUACACAAGACCUUAUCCUUUCACCAGAAAACUAUGGCAGUUAAUACCAGUCGCCAGUAUUUACAUCUUUUUAAUAUUGCCAAUACUUCAUAGAAUCUACUUAUUUUUCUUUCACAAUGCUACAGAUCCUAGUAUACAUGACCAUAUACAGCAGAUUAUAUGGUUUUUGUUUGCUGGUUUUUUCUUUGGAUCAGAUAUACCACAACGAUUUUUCCCAGGGAAGUUUGACUUUCUAGGUCACAGCCACCAGAUUUUUCAUAUAUGUAUACUUUUUGUAACCUUGAAUCAGUUGGAUGCUGUAUAUGUAGAUUUACACCAAAUGAAGAUGAGUCCAUACCAUGCCACUUUUAUGGGUUCUUUUGGAGCUGUUUUACUUGUCUUGCUUGGUAAUAUUAUUAUAGUAUUGAGCUUUCACAUGUAUGUUAGAUUUAAAAUUUUGCCUGAAAGACAUCAUCGUCAGCUUCAUCAUAAUGGUAAACAGCAUUAGAUAUAUAUGAUAUAGCAAUAUGUAAACUCUGUUUCCUUAAUGACAUUAUAUUUGUAUUUCAAUGAAGUGCAGCUCCUGAACUGUAGCUCUGUUGGUCCCUUAUUGAUUUGUGAAAUGUGCAAUUCAGAAAUAUACAGAUUUCUCCCAUACAAAAACUUCAGAGUAGUGAGAUGAAUUUGAGAGGCACUUUCAAAGAGUAACAGGAGAGUUUUUUGAAAUGCCUUUUGUUGAAUAUAUUUUUGUUUCAUUGGUAAUUUUCUUUUGAGUUAUUUUCAUUUCUCUUCUCACACAGAACUCUGAAAUCUCUGUUAGCUAUGAUUAUUAUCAGUUGACUUAUUUUGUGGACAGAAAUUACUGUAAUUUUUUAUACAGCUACAAUAACUGAAUAAGGCAUUUCGGAUUCCAGUCUUUUCUAAGACUUAUGUACAAAAAAAAAGACAUGUUUUAUUCCUGAUUAAUGAAAGUUUGCCUAAAUGAUUCUUGCAUCAACGAUCCAUUUUAAGUUUUUGUCAACUUUAAAAAAAAAAUGGUAAGCAAAACCAAGAAACUAUUCACCUUCUGGCAGUUAAAAAUGUCUCCCAUUUCAAUGCUUAAAUGAAACUCAAAUCCAAGUCAAUAUACAAUUUUUGUAUUUAAGAAAUAUUUAGCUCUUUGAUUAGCAAGCAAGGGGCCAUAAGAGCUGACGUUCUUCUGCUUGAUGUUGUUUUGUUGUUAAAGGUGUCCACUGUGAUAUGUUAAUUCAUUGUAUUACGUUAUCUUUUAUUAAGAGUACCUUAUCACAAUUUAUUCAGAAAAUAAAAUAGUAUUGUUUAAAGGACUACUACUACAACUUACAUUACAACAUAAAUUAACAUUUUAUAAAAACAUAGUGUUGAUAAUGUGAUGUUUAUUGGAAAAAGUACUUAAUUUUAAACCGAUCAUAAUUUGAAGUUAAAUCAUAUUCUUUAAUUUUCUUUUUUUUUUUGCUAUUUUUCCUGGAGUACCAGACAUUUAAUUUUUUUCCUACUGUUCAUUAUGAUCAAUUGUAGGAAUUUUUAGUUAUUUCAGUAAUUUACAUGUUCAGUUGACUAAUUUUUCAGACUAAACAAAAAUAUGAGCACACAGCACACAUGUAUUUUUAAAAAGGACUGUAAUGUUAUUUUUACUGUCAAGCUUUUUGAACCACUGUAUUUUUCAUUAAAGAAGUAGGUUCACAAAGGGAUAAUAUAAGCCCUUAGAUUUUGAUGUUUUUGAUCUGAGCAAAUUUCUACAAAUUUUAUAUAGAAAUAAUUGUUACAUGUAUUUAACUAUUAUGACAAAUAAACUUCUUUCUUGCAUAUCACAUUAUAAAUUAUAAAGUUAUGACCCCUUAGUGAAACAUUAUUUGAGUUGUAAAGUCAGUUUUGGUCCAUUUUUCAUAAUUUUAACAGGUUUUGGAAAAAAAUAACUUUGGCUUGCAAAACUCAGUUCAAAAAACAGUUGUGUCUUAGGGAUUCAAUAUAAAUCUUAGCCCUUUUAAUUUCGAUCAUAGGUUGCGGCCAAGGUUUUCCUAAAACAUUUUUGGGGCAGAAAAAUGCACAAAAUUAUGUUCAAAAUGUGUCUACUUUGAACCUAAAAGUGCUUAUAUAAAGGGAUUUGUUUCACUUAGCAUUAAGAUUUUGAAACGAUCCAUUUAAGAACCAAAUUGUAAACUGUUAAUUCAGAAAUUGUUAUGUGCAUUUAUUUUUACAAUUUUGACAUGGCAAUCCAAAAUGUGAGAAUAAUUAUUGCGAUUACAGGAAAAGGUAAAUACAAUUAUAUGUAGCAGAUAUCAGAAUGCGAUUUCUUAUUAUCGCGAUACCAAGUCCAAUUAUUUGCAAUAAUAAAAACCUCACAAUAAUUUCUGAAUUUACAGCAGUUGAAAUGUCAAGGCUAUAUUUUGUAAAAGUGAACCCUUUUCUUUAAUGAUUUUAUUGAUAUUGGCUGUUAUUUUAAGAAACUGUUUACACUUAAAUGUCAUAAUAUCAUUGAUGGUAACUAAUUAUACCUUGUAACACUUAUGGGUCCAAAAUAUGUAUGUUCAGUAUAGCAAGAGGUAAAUGUUGACUGUUGGUCAUAAUUUAAAAUGAUGAAAUGUUAACCCACCUUCUUAUUUUCUACAAAGUAUUUAUUGUUGAUUUUUAUAGAGUUUUAUUUAAUUAUUAUAUGUUAUUGAUAUUGUUAAACCAGUCAGUCUAUGUUAUUCCAAACCAGUCAAUCUAUGUUAUUCCUAUAGACUGGCAGGACCUGUUCUGUUUUUCAUGCGUACUAAAUAACACAGUCAUUAAGAUGUUUGUUUUAUGCAUUCAUAUUGCUAUCAUCAGUCAAUAAUAUCACUAGUACAUUUUGUAAGUUUAUUUGGAAGUUUAUGCACAUAUGUGUUAAAAGCGAACAAAUAAUAUAGUUGUCUCAUUGGCAACCAUGUCUUAUCUCCUUAUUUUAUUUUAUUUUUGUAAAACAUAGGUUUAUUUCUCAGGAAAAAAUAUUUUUUUAUGAUAUAGAAAUAAACUUUGUGUUCAAGAUUA